AUGGAAGCGACCGUUGAGACACUUAUGGCAGGGCUGAAUAACGAACAGUUCACUAGUGUGGACCUGGUCAAGGUGCGAAUGACUAUUCUUUGGGAGAAUCGUCAAUGGCCACGACAAGGUCCCUAUAGUCCCGGGAACAUCAAGCCGACAUGCAAUCAAGCCUUACGACUAGAGCAUUUGUUCCACUUACCCGUUGGAUUGUAUGGCUUUCUCAGCCAUCCCAUUAACGAAUUCUACAGGCGUACCUUCGCCGGAUCGCAGAAGCCCCUCCAUGGGAUCCCCAUCAUCAUCAAGGAUAACAUAGCGACAUUUGAUAAGAUGAAUACUACCGGUCAGUUUGUAAGAUCUCUAGAUUGCGGGGAGAGGGUUUCCACUGAUACUCCAGAAGCUGGUUCAUGGGCUCUUCUUGGAGCCAUGGUCCCCAGAGACUCGACGGUUGUGGAGAAGCUGCGAGCUGUAGGAGCUAUCAUUCUUGGAAAGGCAAACCUCAGCCAAUGGGCCGAUUGGCGAUCGCGAAACUCUAGUAAUGGCUGGUCAGCCAUCGGCGGCCAAGUGUACGGCCCUUACUGGCCCGCCGAAGAUCCGAACGGGAGCUCGAGUGGCAGUGCGGUAGCGGCCGCUCUUGGGCUGGCAUUGGGCUGCCUGGGCACCGAAACAGAUGGUUCCAUCAUGUCGCCAGCUUCGCUUGAGAAUCUCGUCGGAAUCAAACCAAACAGCGUUGGGCCUAUGACAAAAACGGUGAAGGACGCGGCUCACAUCCUGCAAGCCAUUGCUGGCGUUGAUCCAUACGAUAAUUACACCUCGGCCAUACCGGGCAAUGGAAGCAUCCCCGACUACAUUGCCGCCUGCAACAUCUCUGCUCUAUCCGGUGCCCGAAUCGGAGUUCCUCGCAACGUUCUCUCGCUCUACUCUGACAAUACGACGGGUCCAUUAACUGACGCCUUCGAGCGAGCAUUACUAAUUCUUCAAGAAGCGGGAGCUAUCAUCGUCGAUAAUAGCAAUUUUACCGCUGCAGAAGAGUUCAAGAACUCGACCUUACCCACUGAAAUCCUCAAUGCUGACUUUGUCGUGAAUUUGGAGGGUUAUCUUGACCUGCUAAUAGAAAACCCUUCUAAUAUUACUUCGUUGGAGAGCCUGAGGAAUUUCACACAAUCUUUUCCGCUCGAAGAUUAUCCCACCAGAGAUACGGGGGUCUGGGACCAAGCGCUAGCGAACUGGAACAACACAGAUCCUCGCUUCUGGCCGGCAUAUCAGAAGAACAUGUAUUAUGGUGGAGAAGGUGGUUUGCUCGGCGCGAUUGAACGCAACGUUCUUGACGCCGUGGUUCUCCCAACGAAAUUCGGACACAGUUUCGCAGCAGUUGUAGGGACGCCCGCGAUCACGGUGCCCUUGGGCUCGUACCCGGCGGAUACCCCGAUCGUGAAGAAUGACUGGGGAUUGGUUGAGCUGGCACCAAAUCUUCCGUGA